CGUUUGCCAACCACUUUUUGUUUGAAAUAAAAUAUUUUUCGAUCCGGUCCAGCAGCCGUCUCACACCCGAAGUCGACGCCCUCCGCCCACUUCACCUCCACCCCCCUCUCGGCCUCCCCCCAUCCACUCGGACUUCUCCCUGCCAAAAUUUUCACAGAAUACCUUCAAUCAGCUGACUAUCCCAGUUUUUGUGUUCUCCUUGAGAAUCCAACCAGCCACAACCUCAACCUACUCGAAAGAUUAUUCAGCCCUCAAGAUACUUAGUCUUCCCAACGAUUCUCAUCCUACUCAUCAUCAUCAACCUAUUUCAUUAUGGAAGCUCGUCAGAUUCCGCAAGCUGAGGGUGACUUGACUGCCCCGACACCACAGAAUACACCCGCUCCGCAUUCCACCAUCUCCCAACUCUCGAGACCACAAGUUCCUGACACCAUCGGGGAAGAUGAAGAGGAAAUCCCCACUAUUGGCUCAGACGCAGCUACCGGCGGACCCAACGCGCAACUAGCCAACCAUCCUCUUCUUGCUUCAUUGGUCCAGUCUCGACUCCAUGGUUUGGUCGGCCGCUCAUCGGGAUACAUCGCAUCCCUCCCCCCCACGAUCAGACAGCGCAUCGAUGGCCUAAAUGGUAUCCAGGUCGAGCAUUCUAAAAUCGAGGCUGAAUUCCAGAAGGAGGUCCUCGAACUAGAGAAAAAGUUUGCUCACAAGUAUCAACCGUUAUACGAAAGACGGCUCCAGAUCGUCACCGGGAAAAUCGAGCCCUCCGAAUCGGAGAUCGCAGCUGGUAUCAAAGCUGCCGAAGAAGACGAGGAUGACUCGGAUGAGUCAGAUGAAGACGGUGAACCACGUCCGCCUCGCGUUCCUCCAACUGCCGAAGAGCUCGCUCAAGCUCCCAAGGGGAUCCCUGAAUUUUGGGUCACUGUUCUCGGCAAUCAUCCCGGUUUGUCCGAAUUGGUCACCGAGAGAGAUCAGGCUGCCCUGAAACAUUUGGAAGAUAUCCGAGUCUCAUACCUCGAUGGCAAACCGGGCUUCAAGCUCUUAUUCUACUUCGGUCAAGGGGCCAAGGAGUUUUUUGAGAACAGCCUACUCGAAAAAACGUACUACUACCAGGAUGAAGUGGGUUACACGGGUGACUUUGUUUACGACAGGGCCGAAGGCACCAAGAUCGAAUGGAAGGAAGGUAAAGACUUGACUGUUAAAGUCGAAACAAAAAAACAACGAAACAAAAAUACCAACCAGACCCGUGUCGUUAAAAAAGUCGUACCCACCGAUUCCUUUUUCACAUUCUUCAGCCCACCCAACCCGCCUUCAGAGGACGAUGAUCUCCCGGAGGAAGAACAAGAGGAAAUCGAACAACGUUUGGAGCUGGACUAUCAGAUCGGUGAAGAUUUGAAAGAUCGCAUCAUCCCCCGUGCCAUUGACUUCUUCACCGGCAAAGCUCUCCGCUAUGAAGAUGGCGUUGGCGAAGAUUUCUCAGAUGACUACGAUGAGGACGAUGACGACGAUGAUGAGGAUGGUGAUGAUGACGACGAUGAGGACGGUCGCCUUGUGGUUCCUGGAGCAAAGAAAACCAAGAAAGCUCCAGUACCCCCCACUGGAGCCACUCCUGCGAGUCACCAAGACCCACAGGAAUGCAAGCAACAAUGAGCUCGUCGGUUUGACAUAAAGCAUGAGAUGUAUGGAUCCUUGGUUGUAUAGUCUCCGAGUGAAAAAAGAGAUGGCUUCAGCCAAUCAACCAGUUGUGAUGAUACUGCUGAAGAUUACCCCAUCAAGCAGUCCAAGAUCACAUUCAUACUGAAAGCAUUUCUCUUCCUGAACAAUAAAACAUUUUGUUAACGCUCUCCUUAGCAAAUUAAUUAUCGAUAUCUUAAUAUUUCAAGUUAACUUUCUCUAUACAUCUCACCUCCUCACUAUAUCUUCCAUUUCAUCUACUUGUGCUACAAAGCCCAAAAACUCCAAAAAUAUGAAAAAGACACAUGAUGAAA